AUGGCUUCACGUGCAUCUUCUGCUGCUGCAGCAGCAGCAGCAGCAGCUCCUGCUGCUGGCGCUGAUGCGAAUUGCCUGGGCUCAGGAGGACAACUUUCAGACCCCAUUAAGGUGGAACGAGCAACUGUGGCGGCAGCAGCAGCAGAUGCAGCAGCGGCAACAGCAGCAUCAUGCGCAACAGAUGCAGCAGCAGCAACAACAUCAAGCACAGCAGCAGAUGCAGCAGCAGGCGCAGAAGCAGCUUAUGAAGAACCUGUGUCGCUGCUGAUGCAGUGGGCAGACCGAUACAGGCUGCGCAGCCGCUGCCCGCUGCGUCGGCAGCAACUUCGGCAGCAGCCUGCUCUGCUGCAGCAGCUGCUGCUGCAGCAGAUGGUUGAUGUUGUAGAUGCCUCUCUUGACGCUUUAGCCUUCCAAACGGGACACAUGCAGCAGCAGCUCCUGCUGCAGCAGAAGGAGGCGCAGAAGCACGACCCUACGUGUCCAGUUGCUGCUGCAGCAGCUGCUGCACGAGAAGCAGCUGCUGCUGCUGCUACUGCUGCUGCCCUUGAGAGCGAUACAGACACUCGGCCAUUGAAGCGAUUUAUGGAAAGAAGGGGCCGCAAGAAGACGCAGCAGCAGCAGCAGCAGCAGCAGCAAUUCAGAGACUGGGUUGCUGCAGCAGAUGCACAUCCGUUGGACGACGCCUUACGUGCUGCUUUGCUGCAGCAGCCGCAGCAGAACCCUGAUAGGCGGUGCACUUGUGCUGCUGGCAGCAACUCAGCAGCAGCAGCAGCAUUGACAGCAACAAAAACUCCAGAUGCGCAUGCAGCAGCCGCAGCAGCAACUUCAGCAGCAGCAGCAGCGGCGGAUGCAAUAUGCGGCAACCGUUACAGUAACGACACGUUGCUGCCUCCUGCAGCAACAUGUUCGCCCCCUCGGUGUACAUACACCUCAUUUCCCCCUCCUGCUGCAUCAGCAGUUUCUCCGCUGCUGCUGCUGCGUCCUCCUGCUGCUCAUCAAUCUUUAACAGGUUUCUCUUCUUACUGCGACUUAUCAUUUAUUAGUUCUUUACCCCUCCGCAGCUGCAGCAGCAGCAGCAGCAGGAACCCUAGACCCCUGCUGCUGCCGCUGCCUGCAGUUGCAACUGCAGCACCACCCCCCUUAACUCACCUCAAGAUGCCUGCGCUCGAGCCGUGGGUGCAGCAGCUAAAGUGCCACCUUGCUGCUGCUUCUCCUGCUGCUGCUGCUGCACCUACGCCUGCACAAGGACUAACAGGCCAGCAGAGAGUAGCGACGGGCGGAGAGAGGCGAGCUGAUGAUGGCGGUGCAGCAGCAGAGGCAACACCAGCAGCUGCAGCAGCGGGAGAGGAGCCUGUAGCUUACCACGUGGUGGUGGUUGGAGGAGGAGUAUCGGGGCUUGCUGCUGCUGCUGUGCUGCGGCUGUUUGGUGUGUCUGUGCUGCUGAUAGAGGCGGGGCAGCAGCUAGGAGGGCGCGUGCGGACGACAGCGAUGUACACAUCACCACCACCACCAGCAGCAACAACAGCAGCAGCAGGGGAGCAACAGCAGGAGCAGCAACAGCAGCAUGCAGAGUACGACCUCCGCCGACUCCUGCUGCCUUCUGGUGGACCCACACAGCCAACGAUAAGACGGCGUACAUCUCGCUUCUGGGCGUACGUCCCCCCCUCAGAGAUAUCAGCGUGGCAGCAAGCUGUUGCUGCUGCUGCUGCUGCAGAAGCAGCAGAAGCAGAAGCAGCAGCAGCAGCAGCAACGAAUUGCAGCAGCCCCGAGGGGAAGCUGAGGCGCACUUCCAAACGCACAACAGCAGGCGCAAGAACAAAACAGCUGGCGUGGUAUCCGCAUGAAUAUACGGCAACUGCUGCUGCUGCUGCUGCUGCUGCUGCUGCUGCUGCAACGAAGGCAGAGGCAGCAGCAGCAACUCGUACAGCAGGUGCAACCCGAGCUCUAGCACGUCGACGAGGCACAUCAGCAGGACCAGCAGACGAAGCCGAAGCAGCAGCAGCAGUAGCAGCAGCAGCAGCAGCAGGUGAGUACGAGAAGGGCCUGCGUCUAUGUAUAGACUUGGGGGCAAAUUGGCUAAUGAGGGAAAGAAGUAAUCCGCAGUUUGUAUGGCGAUGGGCAGCACGAUUGGGUGUGCCAUCAGUAGGCUUCUGGGGAAAUUGGCGGCAUAGCAACAGCAGCAGUAGCAGCAGCAGCAGACGCAGCAGCAGAAGAAGCAGGAGGAGACGAACACGCCGCAAGGGUAACAGUAGCAGCGACACACGCACAUCCGCAACAUCAGCAGCAUCAGCAGCAGACAUUGACAACAGCAGUGACGGUGCUGCAAGCGGGGUAGAAGGGGGGGGAGGAGGAUGGGAGCCGCUGGUGCAUGCAGCACAGUGGCGAGACAGCAGCGGCAGCAUAAUUCCUGCUGCUAGAAUAGCAUUUCUUAAAGAUUUACAAGAUGCUGUCUUGGUUGCUGCUGCUAUGACCACAGAAGCUAGAGAAAAGGCCCUAAGAAAGGCACCCUACGCGGAACGCAGGCUUAAACAGCAGCAGCAGCAGCAGCAGCAGCAGAAGCAGCAGCAGCAAAUAUGCAAACGAAAGUUGAGCAAUGAUACCGGCAAGUCGACGCAUGCAGACUCUGCCGCUGCUGCUGCUGCUGCUGCUGCUGCGCUCGUUGGACGAGACGAUACAUCUGAGGUCUCAGCAACCCCUUCGACUGCUGCCACUGCAGCAGCACUUUCUACAGCAGCAGCAGCAGCAACAAGCAUAUCAGCAGCUGCAGCAGAAGACGAAACUGUUGCUCCUGCUAAGCCACGCAGCCUGUUGUCCGCUCUUCGCAGUGCGAUGCGCUUUGUUGUUAAUGAGCAGCAGGCGUUGGGGCUGCCUGACUUGGAAGAACUCUCGCAUGCAUCUGGCUCCGGCAGCAGCAGCAACGGCAACAGCAACGGAAGCAGCAGCACCAAGGCAGUUAAGGGGGAUGACGGAGACAGGAGCAGCCCGUCUACCGAUGAAGCAAUCAACAACACCAGAACUCUACGCAAGAAGCGCAGCAGCAGCAGCAGCAGCAAGCUAACUGCAACGGACAUCAGCGUAGUGUGGAAAAUGCUGCAGCGGUCUUUAGGCUAUGUCUGUGGUCUGCAUCGGCUUGCUGCUGAGCCAUCAGUCUCUGUGGCUGCGGAUGAGGAAGAACCCGCUGCUGCUGAUGCUGUUGCUGUUAGUGAUCAAGACCAGUUCGUUGCUGCUAAGGGUGGUGCUGCACGUGCUGGGACGGCAGCAAAGAGGCGCCGAACAGCAGAAGCCAACGGUGACGAGCCUGUGAAAGCCACACGAAGGCUGGCGGCUGCUCCUGCUGUUGCUCCUGCUGCUGCUCCGGGUGGCGAAGAAAGAACAGAAAUCCGCGGCAAGCCAGGAAGUGCCACUGCUGCCGAUACUGCAGAGGUAGCGGCACCGCCAUUAUCAUCAUCAGCAGCAGCACGAGGUAACUCACCAGCACCAGCUCAUGCAGCAAAGGCAGAGUGCACCGCGGAUGGACGUAGGAGCCCGCAGAACCAGCAACGAAACGAGAACCACCACCACGACCAGCAGCAGAAAACCCACGACCACGACCAGGACCAGCAGCAACAGGAGGAGGAGCAGCAUCAAGAGGAGCAGCAUCAAGAGGAGCAGCAGCGUCGCCGGCGUCGUCGUGCACGUCGUCAGCCUGUAUUCUCUUUUUUACGAGCAAAAGAGUAUCAACUAUUGGGCCGGAUCGAAGGAUUCAAAAUGGCAAGAAGUCGUGUUGGUCCUUCUUUAACACCAAUUCAAUGGGAUAGAAGGGCAGAGAGCUUCGAUAGAUUAUUUGUACAGGGCUAUGCGUGGCUUCCGCAGCUGCUGGUACGGGGCUUUGGCCUUUCAAAUUGCUGCUUGCUGGGCUGGCGCGUGGGAGCAAUAGAGUUGCUGCGAUCGGGAGACCAUGAGCAGCAGCACCAGCAGCAACGGCAGUUGGACCUGCGUGCAGCCGACUGCGCUAAUGCAACCAGCUGCGGCAUAUCUAGCAGUCACUCCCGAUCCCGAUCCCGAUCACGUUCCCGAUCCCCGUCUUGGGAUUCCUCGCGGUCGCGGUCAUCUUCGCGGGAAUCCUCCUCAGGCGAACUCCUUCACAAGCAGCAGCAGCAGCAACAACGGCAGCAAGCUGCUGCCAUCAGGGAAGCUGUUGAGAGUCUCGCUGAGGCUUUGCAGCAGGAACCAGGAGCCUCAGGUGCCACUAGUACGUCUACUGCCGAACCUGUACCAGCAAAGGCAGCUGCAGUUGCUGCUGCUGCUGCCGCUGCUGCUGCUUCUGCAGGAGGUGGAACAGCAGACAACCCGCUCACCUUGCAGUGGGUCGCUCCCGAAUACCACUUCGUCCGGGUGAAACUCCGCAGACACCGCGAGGAUCCUGAGCUGCGGGCUCUGCAGCAGCAGCAGCAGCAGCAGGUUCAGCAGCAGGAACAGCAAAACGUACAUGCUGAUUCUCGUCAGCGCGCGCCACAGCAAAAACGGCAGCGCCAGCAGAAGGAUUCCGAGCAGCAGCAGCAAGACCAGCAGCAGCAGCAGCAGGAACCGCAGGAGGAUUCUGGUGCUGGUGAGGAGCGCUGUGUGUAUGCGAUGCGGGCAAUAGUAGCUGUUCCUAUUGGUGUAUUACAAGAGGGAUCUUUGUCUUUUUCUCCUCCUCUCCCAAGGGACAGACAAACGGCUAUUCGCCGUUGGGGUGCAGGCAGCCACAACAAAGUUAUUCUUAUAUUCAAGGAGGCUUUCUGGCUACGAGAUGGGCCUGCGUAUUUCAUCAGCCCUGCAGCCAGUCUACGCUUCCAAUUUAUGAGUCUGCAUCAAUUGGGAGCACCUGGCUGUUUAGUUGCUCACGGUUUUAACUCUGGUGGAUGGCGCAAGGUUAGGAGAGACAGAAAUAAACGUAUCAAGGCCUUGCUGCAGCAACAGCAGCAGCAGCACCCGAACAUGAAUGGGAAGGCCACAGCCAACGGCACGGCAGGGAAACGCAAAAGAACGUCGAGCUCCCCCCCAAAGAGGGAGCAGCAAGAAGAGCAGCAAGGGAGCAGCAGCAGCAACAGCAGCAGCAGCACUAGGAACGGGGGUCCAUGCCUGCGUAUACUAGAGGAAGGUCCAGUACAGGCCUGGGAGGUGGUUGACGAGUGCUGUUUCGUGCUGCAGCAGAUGUUUGCGCUGGCUGCUCAGCCCGAGCCACUUCAGGCAUUCGUUACUCGCUGGGAUGAAGACCCUUUGUUCAAAUGCGCCUAUGGGUACCCCUCGAAGUACGUGGAGGCAGAUGAACAGAGACAAAUGUCACUUCCUCUCCCCUGGUGCCCGCGGCCUGCUACGGUCGCUGCCGCCAACCCCCCAAUCCUGCAGCAGGCACAGCAACUCAUGCAGCAGCAGCUCAUGCAGCAGCAGCAAAAUUCAGACCAUGCCCACGCUCUCCAAGUUCCAGCAGGUGAAAUGCCACCGUUGGUGAGUCCGCAGCUGCCUGCAGGUGGUGCAGCAUCUCCUACAGGUGUUGGAGAAGCGACGCUAACCGCAGCAGAAGCGCCACCAGCAACAGCAGGAGCAUCACCAGCGCCAGUGUCACCACCAGCAGCAACAACAGCAGCAGAAGAAGCCGCAGCAGGAGCAGGAGCAGCCGCAGCAGCGACAUUUGAGGGCUGCCUAAGCGAUGCUCGUAUUUUCUUUUGCGGGGAACACACAUCAGACUUCGGACAGCAGUGCGUCCAUGGGGCAAUGCAUUCGGGUGUACGCGCAGCUGCAGAGUGUCUUGCUUCUUUGUUUGGUAUUGACGUACUCCCCUGGACUCGCAACAGUUGGGGAGAGCAACAGGACCCUGCUGCUGGUGCUGCUACUGCCGCUGCUUCAGACGCCAUAGGUGCUGCUCCUGCGGGGAAGGCAGGACAAUCCGAAGCUGCUUCUCCUGGGGAGCGAGACAGGCAGAUAGAACACCCCUCCUCAGCAACAGCAGCACCAGCAGCAGUAACUGCAGGUGCAGUAGCAGAGGAUGGGAAAACCGACGCAUGGCAUAGCUGGUGGUAUAGCAGCGACCCUUCUUACUGCUGGGGCCCCUCAGCUAAGGAGUCGCACAGUGCCCCCUUUGACACGGCUUUAGAAUGUCCUUUAUCCAGGCAGCAGCGGAAGCAGCUGCUUCUCCAGCUACUCGGCAAGGCCCAGCAGCAGCAUUAG